AUGGGCGAUAUACGAGAUCAACCCACUCCCUCAGAGUCCCCAGAGCCCGCAGAGCCCACGGAUUCUACAACAGCUACAGCCGGCUCGCCGCCAGCCAUCACCAGCCAAUAUUUAGGCCAAACAGUUUCCGAGAGCGCAACCAUGUAUCGUCCGGUGGGUGUUCAACAGCAGCAGCAGCAGCAACAACAACAUCAUCAGCAGUAUCAACAGCAGCAGCAGCAUUACAGCAACGGGCCUCAUGGCUUCUCUGCACAGUUGGAUACACCGUCACAACAUGGACUCAGUCGGGCAGGGCUGUUCAAUAUGGGAACCAUGGCCAGUGCUCUUCCUCAUGUGUCGUAUCGACCGCCACCGUACAGCCCGGGCCAACAACCGAGUUACAACUCCCUCGCUGGCCCAUCUUCAAAUAUGGCCAACCAGAUGGGGAUGGCACCCUACGGCUCCCAAGGAAACACAUCCGGGUGGAUUGGAGCCCAACAGCAGUGGUAUUUGUCGCAGAAUAUAGGACAGUAUUUUGGCCACCCAAUUUCGCCGUCUCCGCAGGUCAGCCUGCCUCAAAGACCCGAGUAUGGUUACCAUUCCAGUGGUGUUAUCGUUGGACAGCAACCACACCCGAAUGCGCAUUACUAUUACCCGCCGGGGGCUUCUUUUGCCGGACAGGCGUCGCAGGCUCAUGGGCAGACGAUACCGGGACAUUAUGCGACACGAGGUACCCAGCUGGAUGCCACACGCUCGGUGCAGCCGCAGUAUGGAGCGCACGUGGCUCCCGACGCUGGCUCCGUUGAGCCAAGCAAUGGGUCCGUGGAAGGCCGCCAUAAUCUGGUACGUGGGCCACCGAGGAAGCCUAGGCAAAGCGGACACGCGAUUUGGAUAGGAAAUCUCCCUCCACAAACCAACUUGAUGGAACUCGUCCAUCACGUCGUCAAGGAAGCGCCGGGCCUCGAAUCCCUCUUUCUCAUUUCGAAAAGUAACUGUGCCUUUGCCAACUUUCAAGACGAAGAAACAUGCGCUGGCGCGCAACAGAAACUCCAUGACUCCAAGUUUCAGUCGGUACGACUCGUGAGCCGGCUGAGGAAGAGUAUGGUGGAGGGAGCCUCGGGUGUUACUGCACCCACCGGUCCGGCAGCAUCAACACCUCCCGGAUGCUCGACACAGAAUGUCGGUGGCUCUCGGGAAGGCGCGGGUGGUACAGCGCUGAACGGCAGCACGGAGCCAGCGGCGGCGGCGCCGACCAAAGGCUCAGAUGCAUCGGAGCAGAAGAGUAACGGCGGACCAGCGCCCAACGGCAUGCAAGGACUGAAGGACCGGUACUUUGUCCUCAAAAGUCUGACAGUGGAGGACCUCGAGCUGAGCGUGCGGACCAAGGUGUGGGCCACACAAUCGCACAACGAGGAGGUCCUGAACAAUGCUUUCAAGAACGCAGAUAAUAUUUAUCUGAUCUUCUCGGCCAACAAAUCCGGAGAAUACUUUGGUUAUGCGCGCAUGACCUCACCCAUUGACGACGAUCCGGCGGCUGCUAUCGAGUUUGCGCCCAAGGCUCAGCCAUCAAGCGAGGUUGACUUGCCCAAGGCAAUUCCUACCGAGGCGACUGAGUUCGCGCCCAAGGGACGUAUUAUUGAUGACUCGGCACGCGGUACCAUUUUCUGGGAAGUGGUGAGGGAGGAGGAAGAUGCGGGCCAGACCAGUCAGGAACAGGACGGUACUGCCACGGACGCCGGAUUGCAGAAAGCCUUAGAUGAAGACGCGGCGAGUGUCAAUGGUACGGAGGCUGUCGGCGGGGAGUCCAAGGCCUGGGGAAAGCCGUUCAGUCUUGAAUGGCUGUCGACAACGAGGCUGCCAUUUUAUCGGACCAGGGGUUUGCGGAAUCCAUGGAACUCAAACCGUGAGGUCAAGAUUGCGCGGGACGGAACCGAGUUGCAACCGGGCGUGGGCAAGAAGCUCAUCAGUCUGUUCAACCGGAGCCAUAUUCCGGCCCCGAGCCUGAUACCUGCUGUACCCCGCCUCCAUCCUUUCAACCCCAUGGUGCCAACGACACUUCCUGGCGUAUCCCCACUUCCAAUGUCCACGCCGGCCCCAUGA